UGCUGUGGGCGAACCAGUUCCGCCGCUCAAAUGAGCGCUGCGACCAGGGCUGCGUUGCCACCCUCGAGCUGCACAAAGAAAAAUAAUUUACUCGCCAGCAGCGCAUUGGCGUUUUUUCAUUUUUUAAAGUGUACUUAAGAGUUGUUAAUAUUUUUCGCAGUGCUCGGCCCGACCACAACAAACAAUAAUAGCCGAAUAAUAGUGUGAGUGAAAAUGCGGCGAGCUGCAUUCGGCGCAAAACCAAGUGUUCCGCAGCACCCAAAGCCCAAAUCGAACAACUCGAAAUCGGAAUCAGGCGAAGCCAUCAUUAGCGAGACAUUUGUAUUUGUCUGACCCCUCAGCGGUGUCUGAGAAUCUCGGAGAGUCGUCGUGGAGAGGAAAGGAGAGAGCAGUAGCAGAAGCAGAAGCAGAACAGGGCCCACAAUCCAAGUCCAAGGAAGCACCACUCGACCGAACCGAUAUGGAAACCGAGUCGAUGGCUCCAAGCAGCAGUGCGGCGGCUGCAGCCACCAAACUCCUGGUGGAGAUCACCACCGACGGAAUACCCAAGCUGCACUGCCCGGUGUGCAACAAGGCGCUGGUCUCCCUGGCCGGAUAUGUGAAGCACGUGAAGAAGCACCAGCCGCCGGGCGGCUUCGAGUGCCGGCACUGUGAUGCUCGGUUUUGUCACGAGGAGGAGCUGACCCAGCACGCAAAGGAUGAGCACGGAGUCACCGGCCCGGUAGCUGGCCAGGAGCGAAAACCCUUCGUAUGCGAGAAGUGCGGGGCGGAGUACAAGUACCAGGAGGCAUACCGUCGCCACUGCAGGACCAAGUGUGGCGAGGAAAAGCUGCCGAGGGAGGAGUCCCGACCAAUGGAGUGCAAGUGCUGCUACACCCGCUUUUCAAGCGCCUCCAAUCUAUCCAAGCAUCGACGUAGUCGUCCCGACACUUGUGGUCAGCAGGAGUACGAUUCACCCGGCUCAUCUGAUGUGAUGCAGAAUCGAAAGACCUUCCGCAAGAAGGGCAGAAAGAGGGACUCUGAUGAUGAAGAUACCACCACCGAAGAAUCGGAGGUUGAUAGCGAUGAUGACAUUCCUCUGGCCAGUCGACUGAAGACGAAGCUCAAGCAGGAGAGCCAGAACUCGGACUCAGGUGACGAGUGUCCCGACUUCGAACCCAACAACAGUGAAGACGAUGCGGAUGCAUCCGGAUUCCAGCUUCCUCCGCCGGCUAUGGUCAAGGUGGAGGCCUUUGACGAAGAGGAUUUCGAGUACCAGGACGCCAGCAUGUAUGUGAAGACCGAAAGCACCGAUAUAUUUAGCAACGAAAAGGAUAAGCUGCUGGAUGUGCUGCUCAAUGAGGGUGAUGGUUUAAAGCCCUUCGAGAGCUUGAAGGUGGAACAGGGCGCUGGAAUACUGGACGAGAUUGCGGCCGUGCCGCUGGUGGAGGUUGCGGAAGAAGAUGUCUUAGCCCUAAGGGGUCAUCAAAUGGAAAAACCUCCCGGACCACGAAAGCGCGGCAGACCGCCAAAGGAAAAGAUACCUGUGGUUAAGAGAAAGUAUCGCAAGCGAAACGCACCUAGAUCGCCCUCGCCUGAUGAUUCAUCGGGUACACCAAAACGCGUAGCUAAGAUCAGCAAAAAGGAGCUAAAGGAGCGCCUUAAGAUGAUCAAUAAGAUGGAAAAAUCCUGGAAGUGUCCUCACUGCGUAAAAAUCUACCACAUCCGCAAGCCGUACGAGAAGCAUUUGCGCGAUGAUCACAAGUUAAAUGAGGCGGAAAUGAAAGAGAUCUUCAAGGACGUGGAUGUCCAUGCUAAGCUGGACGAGGAGGUCUUCAAGUGUCCCAUAUGCAGCAAAAUCUAUUUGGUGGAGAAGCGCUUGGUCACCCACAUGAAGGUGCAUGGCGAAGAUGGCAAGCUAACUUUCAAGUGCCCAUGUUACUGCAACCUGUUCUUCGCCACCAAGGAACAGGCUACAGAGCAUGCUCGGGCCCAGCACAAGGAACUGCUCUACUGCGAAAAAUGCGACAAGUACAUGACCGGCCAUGACAGUCUCAAGAACCACGAACGCAAUUUCCACUCGAAGAAGGAGCCGCGCAGCCAGCAGCGCAACCUCAUAUGCGACAAAUGCGGCAAGAAGUUCACCGGACGCACCUCGCUCUCUGACCACGUUCGUUCUGACUGCGGCCGCCUACCACUCUACGGCUGCAGCGUUUGCGGCAAGCAUUUGUCCACCGCUGGUAUUCUCAAGACGCACAUGCUCCUUCACAAGGCAGACACUCCGUACCAGUGCGACAAGUGCGGCAAGACAUUCAAGGUGAAGGCGCAAUACAAGUCGCACUUGAAGACGCGGCACACGGACUACAAGCCGUACAAGUGCCACCUGUGUCCCAAGGAGUAUCCGUACAGGGAGAGUCUGCUCACCCACAUGACCGUGCACACAGGCAUCAAGCGUUUCCUGUGCAAUAACUGCGGCAAGCGAUUCACUUGCAUCUCCAACUUGCAGGCCCAUCGCAAGGUGCACGCCGACACCUGCGGCCAGUUGCCUUUGAAUGCCAAGGCCACGCAGUACAUGGGCGUGCAGCGCGGAAAACUCUUGAUGGGCGCCAAGCCAGAGGCGGGCAUGGAGUACGAGGAGACCAAGACCUUGAUCGCCCAGGAUGUCAUCGACAGGGACAUGCCAAUGGCCCAGGAGCUCAACUUCCCAUCCGACGGCUCAGCGCCAUUGGCCACUGUGCCCUUGAACUAUGCCUCCACACACCUGGUGCCACACAUCGUACUGCAGACCAUGCAAGCCGAGGCCCGGCGAUUGGAAUAACUUCGGAACACAUUCAUUUAGCGAUCCCACUCAAUAAAGAUGCUUUUGUAAACGGAUGCGUAUUCUACUGUACAACAAAUGGGAUGAUAACUACAUUAUAUCUACUUAAUGACUGGAUUAAUUAAAUAACAUUGAAAAUAAAUAAGCUACAUAAAAUUGAUGUAGAUGAAGGUUUAACGCCAUACGGACCUGUCAAAAAACAUUUAAGAAAAAUAAAUUUCCUUAUAAAAACAAGC